ACAGCAGAGAGGAGCAACGGCUGUCCAAAGACCUUGCGGACACACCCUGUUACGAGAGUGAGUCCUCCGCUGGGAUUCCCACUCGGCCUCAGACAAAGCAGAUAAAGCUGGGACCCUCCAUCAAGGAACUCUUAUUGGUGCUGCCUGCCAUUGUAAGGCCUCAUUUCCAGGACAGAGUUCACCAAGGCGAAGACCAAAAAGAAACCUCUAUGUUUCGACCUCUGAGCCUGAAAACCUUCCUGCCUCUGAAACCUCCACUCCUCAUGAGAAGCAAGAGCAGUGGGACCAAUAAUAGGCUCAAACUGGCCAACAAAGUUGCUGUGAUCACAGGAUCCACAUCAGGGAUCGGCUUUGCCAUCUCCCGGCGUCUGGCCCAGGAUGGGGCCCAUGUGGUCAUCAGCAGCCGGAAGCAGACAAACGUGGAUCACGCAGUGGCCACACUCAAAGAGGAGGGACUGAGUGUGACGGGCACUGUGUGCCAUGUGGGGAAGGCUGAGGACCGGGAGCAGCUGGUGACCACAGCUCUGAAACACUGUGGGGGUGUGGACUUCCUGGUGUGCACAGCAGGGGUCAAUCCCUUGGUGGGAAGUACCCUGGGGAGCAGUGAGCAGAUCUGGGACAAGAUCAUGAACAUCAAUGUGAAGGCCCCAGCCCUCCUUCUGAGCCAGCUGCUUCCCCACAUGGAAAAAAGAGGACAAGGUUCAGUGGUCCUGGUCUCCUCCAUCGCAGCUUAUUUGCCGGCUAUAAAGCUAGGAGUCUACAAUGUCAGUAAAACAGCCCUACUGGCCCUUACCAAGACUCUGGCAGGGGAACUGGCACCGAAGAACAUCCGGGUGAAUGGCCUAGUACCAGGAAUCAUAGAAACACCGUUCAGCAAAGUGCUGACUGAAGACACAGAAUAUGCAGAAAGGCUGAAGAGAGUCUACGAAAUACGUAGAUUUGGACAGCCUGAAGACUGUGCUGGACUUGUGUCUUUUCUGUGCUCCCCGGAUGCCAGCUACAUCACCGGUGAGAACAUCGUGGUGGCUGGCUUCUCCCCCCGUAUGUGAAGGACCUCUCCAUGCAGGAGCCCCACGUGCCUGUGCUCCAAAUGUGCACACUUUAAUUGAAAUGCUUCACUGGCAGAAAUAAUAAAGUUCA